GUUAUUAACUUAUUAUUAUUAUCUACUAUUUUAACAAUAAUUUUUGAUGUUUUGUUUUUUUCUUGGAGUUGAUGAUUUUAGUAGUAAAAUUCAAGGAUACGAAAAUAUGAUUCUUUAUUGCCCUAUAUGUCAUAAUAUAUCUGCUAUACCUUUACAUGAAAAAAAAUUUUUUACUAUUUGUUUUAUUCCUUUGAUACCUUAUAGUUUGGGAAAGGUUAUACGAUGUACUAUAUGUUCAUGGUUUCAAGAUACAAACGAUGCUGAAUUAUACAGAAUUUCUCAGUUGCCAAAUCUUCGUCCUGCUUAAUAUUACGAAUUAUGAUUAAACUGAUUUUGAAAUAUACAUUG